CACGCACCGGUAACUCCGUUCUUAUCCACGGGCCAUCUAUCAAAGGACUUUUUUCUUUGCGAGAGAUGAAUUGAUUUUGAUUGGAUAGAAAUUGUCACGUGGGUGCCACUGUCUUUCUAAUCCUGUCAUAUUCAAGUCGUAAUUUAGCUCCAUUUAUUUUAGAUUUAUCUCGCUAUCGACAGCUGAUUUAAGUGUUUCAUUGACAAGACAACACAGAGAAAUAAUGAAUACAGACACCGACUACACGAUCUGUAACUUGGAUGCGCACCCCUACGUAAAUGGGUACAACACAUCUGAAAUUCCCAACACGAUUUACGGAUAUAAUAACAAUAUCAACUCACGUGCUAUUGACACCGGACAACAGAAUUAUUACGGGUCAGAAAAUAUGCUUCCCCCCGGAUUGUCUGGGGUCGACCUUUCUCUCGGAAACCAGGGAUUAACUUAUCCGGUGAGUGGGCCAGUCGUUCCCCGGACCACAAGGCAUCAGGGGUAUGAUUUAGGGGACACUCAGGGCCAUGUCGUGGAGCACUACAUCCCCCAGCACGCGGCUCUCGCCGGGGACCUAGGGUCCGGACAAAAUAUAAACUCUGGUCGCUCAAAUUUCGGGACAACGUGUAUAGAUAAUUUAACGUCUUGUUCUCUUUCCAACGUGUAUGGAGCCACUAUCAAUCAACAAGUCCCCUCUCCGGUCAAAUCGGAACCCAGCAAUGGUCAGAACUUACAAAACAAACCAUUCAGAUGGAUGCAGAUCAAGAGGAAUGCACCCAAACCUGUGACGAAGCAAACCAAUGAAUAUGGGUAUCCCUCCACCCCCGGGACUCCACAGCCUAAUAUGGGACGAACAAACUUCACGAAUAAACAGCUUACGGAGCUCGAGAAAGAGUUCCAUUUCAACAAGUACCUGACACGCGCUCGCCGAAUCGAGAUCGCCGCGGCGCUUGGACUAAACGAAACUCAAGUGAAAAUCUGGUUCCAAAACAGACGGAUGAAGCAGAAAAAGCGCCUCCGUGAGGCUCAGUUUGAUCAGAACAGAGGCGAUAACUGCUCACUGAGCGGACUUGAUGGACUAACUAUGACCGCCAUGUCUCUAUGUCAGGAGGGGAGAUAACUGAUUCCAAAGACCGAGUGUUUCCGUAGUCUGUGAGAAUAUGAGUGCUAUUUUUACAAUGGUGCAAUACGUUCCUGUUUAUUGCUGUUGUACGAAUUGACAAGUGGAAGCUUGUUCAUGGAGUCCGUGUCUCUCACUUUCACCGUCGUCAAUGAUGCAGUCCCCGAUUACUGUCCCUUUUGUGUGAAUUUUAUUCGCAAGACUUUUUUUUGUCGAAAACAAUCAUUUUUUCUGUCAUUUUUCAUUGCUCAAACCAUGCGAAGUCUUACAGGGUGUUUAUUACUAUAAAACCUCAUUGUUGUAGUUUAUCCAACAUAAAUACUUAGUUCUAUCAUAUAUAGAACACACACGUAUAACCAUAGUAUAAUAUAGUCAGAUAUUGAUAUCUGAUUUUUAUGUUAUAACUGAUAUAAAGCUUUUAUCCUUUAUAUUUUGAUGAUAUGGCCCGAGGCUUUCCGAAGGUUGCUCGGCCAGCAGUGAUUUUUAGAUUUGCCAUUUGUACUAGUCAUAUAGGAGGGAUAAUUAUGAUUUUUUUUGUGUUUCCUACAAAUGUUUUUUUGUGACCAGCGUUUUAUAAGGCUGCUCUGAUUAGUUUACUCAUGAAUAAAGCAUAAUGUAUACCACACAGACUAGGCAGUAGAUCCCCGUUCUUUGUUAUGCUCGUCAAACCUGUCUUAUUUAUAUCCAUAUGUGUUCAUUAAAGUCGUUCAAAGAUUCAAACAUUCCAAAUCUCAUCUGGUUGUCUGCUCCAAGUGUACUGCAACUUCAAAACCGUCGAAAAAAUUAUUCAAGUAACUGAUAAUAUGAUUGAAACCAAAGUUUUACGUUCAAACAUGUAUCGGAAAGUUUCAAUAUAAAUUUGAAAUACUAAAUCCUGUACAUUUAGCUGAAAAUAUAUUUUAGAUUUUUGCAGUUCAUUAAGACUGUUAUUGUACAUUCAAACCUAAUCACAGUGACUCCGAAUCAAAAUACCAGUACAGUAAAACCCUGUUUGAACGAUGUGUCAAAAGCGUCCGAUUUUAAAAACGUGAUUCGUCACGUGAUAUUGAAAAAAAAAUAUUUAAUACAAUUUUAAAAUAAGGAAAAUAGAAGUGAAUUGACUGUGAGCGUAAUUCGUUAUAAGGGUGUAAGAUGUAUCCGUGUUCUACUGUAUGUUUUGUCUUAUCGCAGACCAACCUGAUUCCAAUUGUGUUAGUUCAUAACAAUGGUCGUUUUGUCACAGGGUUAUUUUGAUUUACACGUAACUGUCAACUGCAUGUGGAACAUAUUAGCUCAAGUGGAUAUAUAUAUUUAUUGAAUUUUAUGAAGAAAACACGAUUAUUUAUAUAUCAGUUUUUUUGUUUAUCUAUUUUGAUCAGCGAGCAAUAAAAUAACUUUGGUGCAAUAACCUC